AUGCAUUAUGGCGUUUUGGCUUGUCUUGGAUGUAAAGGCUUCUUCCGUCGAGCACUCAAAAAAUUAAACGAAUACGAAUGCUUUCACAAUAAUAAUUGUAUUAUUGAUAAAAAUGAACGAACUUCUUGCCGAGCUUGUCGCCUCCAAAAAUGUUUGGAUGUUGGGAUGGACCCCGCUGCUGUUCGCCCUGACCGUUCACUAACCGGAAAACAACAAUUAGAAACACAUCGAUUUUCACUUUCACCAAUUCGCAGACGUUUAAGUUCAAUUGAUGAAAAAACAACAAAUAACAACGAUGAGAAAACAAAAAAUUUAAGUCAAAAAUUGCCUGUUGAUUUGCGCACAAUGCUAAUGACUCUACAAAAUAUUGAAGCAAAAGUUGUCCAUGGGGACACUACCCACGAUGCUGCAGACAUUUACCCAUUACGAAUAAACACAAUUAGAGAAAUUAUUGAAGAACCUAAAAAAUUGAUGGGAAGGCGAACUGAGGUGAGAAACCAAUUUUGCACUUUAGAAGGGAAAUCCCACGAGAUCAACCGCUAUGAUCAUAUACUAAACAUUUAA